AUGGCGGAGCAGCGAGUGGCGGUGAUGGGUGGCGUUUUAUGGCAGCUCCGCUGCCUCUCCAUUGUGUUUUAUCGGCGUGAACUCAUAGAGAAUGGGGCAAGGAAGAUGGCAGGUGAUGAUGAAGGUUUCUCAGUGGUGUUGGAGGAGCCAUUAAUGGCUGCAAAGAAGAUCAACAAUGAAGACCAACUCGUUCGAUUUCUCCCUAAAAAUGAUGCUUCUCCUAAAUCCAAGAUUAUGAAUAUUCUUCCAAUCAAUAUAACGCUCAUACUGGUGGUUUCAAUUCAAGGAGGUUAUGAAGAUUUUGUUGUAGAUCAUUUGGUGAUGGAACUUUGUGCUGAAGUUGAGUUCAUUGAUAGGAUUACCACAAAAGGGCACCGUUCAGAAAGAAAAGAAACUGAAGUUGAGUGCGUGGGUGUGUUGUGA